AUGGUAGGAAAUGUUAAUGGGGGUGAAGAGGAGAAGCAAGAGAGUGAGGGAAACUUUUGUAAGGUAUGCAAUAAGGGAUUUAGGUGUGGUGGAGCUCUAGGAGGACACAUGAGAGCCCAUGUUAUUGGAGAUAUUAAUAAUGUUGAAGAAAAGAACUCCAGGAAUAAACUGUCUGAAGGCAAUUACAAAGCCAAAACGAGUCGUUAUGUGGAUUAUCAAGUAAGUGAAGAAGAGAAACACAAGAAUAAGUCGAUGGCAUUGAUCAAGAUGGACAAUAACUAUGAUGAUCAUGAUCGUUAUUCGGUUUCAAGUGAAGAAGAAGAUCUUGCUAAUUGCUUGGUCAUGUUGUCUAACAAAUCUUGUGCAUUGUCUAAUAAGAAGGAAGUAAUAAUGGCUAAACAAGUGGAGAUAAAAGGUAUGUUCCAAUGCAAAUCUUGUAAGAAAAUCUUCAAUUCCCACCAGGCAUUAGGGGGACACAGAGCGAGUCACAAGAAGGUGAAAGGUUGUUUUGCUGCGAAAUUAAUGGACAACCCCAAUAGUAAUAUUAUUGAACAAGAUUCGAUUGCUGAUAUGGAAGAUGACGAGGUAUUGGCCACACCAGAAUUUCGUGAUUCUUACUCGAAGAAGAGAUCUAAGGUACAUGAAUGUUCAGUAUGUCGUAGGGUAUUUUCUUCCGGACAAGCCUUAGGAGGGCACAAGAGGUGUCAUUGGCUUACCUCAACUUCAGUAGACAAUGCUUUCAUACCCAAAUUCCAUGAAUUUCAAUAUGAUAAUAGCCAACAACUCUACGAGAAACUCGCCAUCGCCCCAGCCUCCAUUCCAGCCCAACUUGAUCUCAACUUGCCAUCUCGUGAGAAUAUUACUGCUGAUGACACAAUUAGUAAAUAUGAAGAUUCAACAAGAUUGUAUCUAGAACAAUGGGGUGAAGGAAAAGUUUUCGAUAGUAUUACGAAUCAAAACCAACAUAAAAUCCAAGGCACGAAUCCAGUUACGAUCCCCGAUGGUCGGAACAGUGAAAACACAAGUGAAAUUAAGCUUAAAGAUUUAAGAGAGACGAAUUUGGAUGGAGAGUCUUCUAGUUGGUUGCAGGUGGGGAUUGCUUCAACUACAGAUAUAUAUUAA